GCUUUCCGUGGCCGUGGCGAGGAGUUGAAAAAACAGAAAAGGAAAGAGAAAGAGAACACGCCCCCAGACCCGGGCCUCGCCGAGCGCCAGGGAGGGGGCGGAGGAGGCUGAGCCUGGCUGUCGCUGGGCUGGGACUUGAGAGUGGCGCACGGAGGAGCGGUGGCCCGCAGCCGCGCGCCUUCCUCCUCACUCGCCGGCUCUGCUUCUCCCCGGAGGGGGUGGGGAGCGGGCUCCGAGAGGGAGAACGCCGAGCAGCGAACCGCCCAGCAGCCAGCCAGCCAGCCGGCCGGCGAGAGCGCGCGCGGGGACCCAUGGCUUCGCUGUACCAGAGGUUCACGGGCAAGAUCAACACCUCGCGGUCCUUCCCGGCGCCUCCGGAGGCGAGCCACCUCCUGGGCGGCCAGGGGCCCGAGGACGACGGUGCGGGGCCCAAGCCCCUGGGCGCCCAGGCGCCCGCGGCCGCGGUGUCCCGGGAGCGCGGCGGCGGCGGCGGGAGCGCGGGUGGCCGACCCCGGUUCCAGUAUCAGGCGCGGAGCGACUGUGACGACGAGGACGAGCUGGUGGGGAGUAACCCUCCGCAGAGGAACUGGAAAGGGAUUGCCAUCGCGCUGCUGGUCAUCCUGGUCAUCUGCUCCCUCAUCGUCACCUCGGUCAUCCUGCUGACGCCAGCGGAAGAUAACAGUCUGUCUCAGAAGAAGAAGGUCACCGUGGAGGAUCUCUUCAGCGACGAGUUCAAAGUUCACGACCCCGAGGCGAAGUGGAUAAGCGAUAAAGAAUUCAUCUACAGAGAACAGAAGGGAAGCGUGAUACUGCGGGAUGUUGAAACAAAUACGUCUACAGUGCUAAUAGAAGGCAAAAAAAUUGAAUCGUUAAGAGCCAUCAGAUACGAAAUAUCUCCAGAUAAAGAAUAUGCACUUUUCUCCUAUAACGUGGAACCCAUCCAUCAACACUCCUAUACUGGAUAUUAUGUCCUGAGCAAAAUUCCUCACGGGGAUCCUCAAAGCCUGGACCCCCCGGAGGUCAGCAACGCGAGGCUCCAGUACGCCGGCUGGGGCCCCAAGGGGCAGCAGCUGAUAUUCAUCUUUGAAAACAACAUCUACUACUGCGCCCACGUCGGGAAGCAGGCCAUCCGCGUGGUCUCGACCGGCAAGGAGGGCGUCAUUUACAACGGCCUCAGCGACUGGCUGUACGAAGAGGAGAUUCUGAAGACCCACAUCGCACACUGGUGGUCCCCAGAUGGCACGAGGCUCGCCUACGCCACCAUCAAUGACUCCCGUGUGCCCGUCAUGGAGCUCCCGACCUACACGGGCGCCGUGUACCCCACCGUGAAGUCCUACCACUACCCCAAGGCCGGCUGUGAGAACCCCACCAUCUCCCUGCACGUCAUCGGCCUAAACGGACCCACCCACGACCUGGAGAUGACUCCGCCCGACGACCCGCGGAUGAGGGAAUAUUACAUCACCAUGGUGAAGUGGGCCACCAGCACCAAGGUCGCCGUGAACUGGCUGAGCCGCGCGCAGAACGUGUCCAUCCUGACCCUCUGCGACGCCACCACGGGCGUCUGCACCAAGAAACAUGAGGACGAGAGUGAGGCCUGGCUGCACAGACAGAAUGAAGAGCCGGUGUUCUCCAGGGACGGCCGCAAGUUCUUCUUCGUCAGAGCGAUCCCGCAGGGCGGACAGGGCAAGUUCUACCACAUCACCAUGUCGUCCUCCCAGCCCAACAGCAGCAACGACAACAUCCAGUCCAUCACCUCCGGGGCCUGGGACGUGACCAGGAUCCUGUCCUACGACGAGAAGCGGAACGUGAUCUACUUCCUCAGCACGGAGGACCUGCCCAGGAGACGGCACCUCUACAGCGCCAGCACGGUGGGCUCCUUCAACAGGCAGUGCCUGUCCUGUGAGCUGGUGGGCAACUGCACCUACUUCAGCGCGUCCUUCAGCCACAGCGCGGACUUCUUCCUGCUCAAGUGCGAAGGUCCUGGUGUCCCCACGGUGACCGUCCACAACACAACCGACCGGAAAAAAAUGUUUGACCUAGAGACCAACGAACACGUGCAGAGGACCGUGAACGACCGGCAGAUGCCCAAAGUGGAAUACAAGGAGAUCAAGAUCGACGACUACACCCUGCCCAUCCAGAUCCUGAAGCCGGCCACCUUCACCGAGACCGCCCACUACCCCCUGCUCCUGGUGGUGGACGGAAGCCCGGGCAGCCAGAGCGUGGUGGAGAAGUUCGAGGUGAGCUGGCAGACGGUGCUGGUGAGCAGCCACGGAGCCGUGGUGCUGAGGUGCGACAGCAGAGGCAGCGGCUUCCACGGCACCAAGCUCCUGCACGAGGUGCGGCGGCGGCUGGGCGUCCUGGAGGAGCGGGACCAGCUGGAGGCCGUGCGGACGAUGCUGAAAGAGCCGUACAUUGACAAGACACGCGUGGCCGUGUUUGGGGAGGACUACGGGGGCUACCUGAGCACCUCCAUCCUCCCGGCGAAGGGCGAAAACCAAGGCCAGAUCUUCGCCUGCGGCUCUGCGCUCUCCCCGAUAACAGACUUCAAGCUCUACGCAUCUGCGUUUUCCGAGAGGUACUUGGGCCUCCAUGGACUUGACAACAGGGCCUAUGAGAUGACCAAGGUGGCCCAUCGGGUGUCAGCGCUGGAAGGACAGCAGUUCCUGAUCAUUCACGCGACCGCCGAUGAAAAAAUCCAUUUCCAGCACACGGCAGAGCUCAUCACAGAGCUCAUCAAGGGGAAGGCUAAUUACAGCUUACAGAUCUACCCGGACGAAAGCCAUUACUUCCACAGCGCGCCCCUCCGGCAGCACCUGCAGCGCACCAUCGUCAACUUCUUUGUGGAGUGCUUCAGGGUCCAGGACAAAGUCCCGGCAGCCACAGCCAAGGAGGAGGAGGAGGACUGAGCGCCGCCUGGCCGCCCCAAGCACAGCGUGGCUCUCCCUGGACCAGCGUGGGGCUGGGCACCCCGCCCCCCUCUCCCGCCCGCCCGCGCCGGGGUGGGGGGCAGGGAGCGAUCCCGAUCCCUAGCAUGUGUGUCUCAGGCCCCGAAGGCCGUUUUGCUUCAGAAACCAGCUCCUUCCCGGGUGGAGGUGCCCAGCGCUCCCACGGGCUUCCAGGGAGCCUGGGACCGUCACAGCCUCCUGCUGGCCACAGAGCGACAGCUGUGUCCCAUGGCCGCCCCCGGGAGCAGAGGACGGCGGCCGUGAGGAAGCCAGCCCGAGCUUGAGCUGUCCGGCAGCGGUGUUGACGCUCGCCUGCCCGGAGCGCCGCGUCCCCGCCGGCAGCACCGCAUCCCGUCUGAUAUAACCACGCCAUGGAAACAACUAGAGCACAAUCCCUUUAACAGCACUGCAUAGGUCGGCUUGCUCCUGUCUGUCCUGAGACGUUCGGCCUCUCACGGGGCUGUGCGCACGCAGCCCCGCUGUAGCUACGCUAGUGGUUAACCUUCUGGAAUUAAUUCGUAUUUUUCUAUGGUUUUUACCUGCCACUGUCUGCAGUCCUGGGGUCGUUUCUCUGUGCUGGGUCAGUCGGCCGGUGGGUCUGUCUGUCCCUUAUCCUUGGUUUCGCUUUGCUUUCUUCAGCCUGUGCGUCAGCUUUGCGCUUGUUUGUGAGAAGAACAGACCGGGAGUGAGUGCUCGCUGCUCAAGGCCGGCCUUAGACUUGACGGAGAUACUUCAACACGCGGAGGAAAAAGACAUCCCGCCCUACUUCCUGAAACAAGAAAGUACAUAAAUAAAAGCUCUCUCCCGCCCAGCAGCAACAGGGUUUGCUUAGAUCCUCAUUGUCUGUUUUCCAGUGUCCCCAAGUCUGUCCUCUUCCUCCUCGGGAAGUUGUCAAGUCUGUCCUGAUGACAUUUGGGUUAAAAAAAAAAAAAAAAAAAAACGUAAAAA